AUGACAUCGGACUAUCCGUCGGGGAUUCGAGCGCAAAAAGCUCUGAAUGAGUUUCCAGAACUCAAUCCCUCCAAAAAGAGCUCAAAAUCUUAUUACAAGGAAGUCCAAGAAGAUGAAUUGAUAGCUCUUGCAUCGAUAUAUGGUGAAGACUUUAAACGAGUAUCUUCGACUCUUAAUGCCUGGAAAACAUCAGAUCCAAGUUUUGAAAUACGAGUCAGGUCAACCGAUGUUGAUUUAUCUGUAACAUUAUGUGUAACUUUGAUAGCCUCAUAUCCUAAAUCUCCUCCUAUAUUGAGUCUCAAGGAUGAUGAAGGACUUGAAGAGGAAACCAAGUAUAAGCUCCAGGAAGUAAUUAAAAAGAAACCCAUGGAACUCUUAGCAGAAGAGCAGGCUAUGAUUAUGGAGAUAGUCAACGCAUGUCUAGAUGUACUUCAGGAUACAGCUCUAGUCAAAGUUGCCGGAAGAGAAAUUCCAAGUCUUGAGGAAGAACGCGCUGCGCAUGAAGUGGCUGCAAUCAAGCUGGCUCACGAGAUUAGAGAGGCAGAAGAAGAGCAGAAAAAAUUCGAAGCGCUCCAACAAGAUCAAAUACAGGAAUCUUUACUUCAAGGAGAGCUUUGCCGGCAGAGAGCCAAGGCGAGGGAAACAAGGCGGAAAAGUCGUCCACCUCUAUCUCUCCUAGAUCAAUCACCUAUCACAAUAAAUGAAAAUAGGCAGAUUAACCGUGAUACUCUAUCAUUUGAGCACCCAAUCCCUAUCAAAGACACAGAUGGAAACACAAUCCUAUUCCAGGCAGUAGAUAGCAAAGUUUGUAUUAGAAAUGGGCCAAAUUCAAAAUGCUUCACUGUGAGGCCAAUCAUUGCCAAGAGGUCUGGAAAUAUCGCGUCACUGUUGCUCAAGCAAACAGAGUUAAAGGCAGAAUCUAGAGAGAAUGAAUUAAAAACACAAUUACAGAACCUUGAGAUCGAUUUAAAGGCACUAAAAAAUCUUAGUCAUCAAAAUAUUUUAGAAAUACUCGAUUUCGAGGUCCAGCGAACUACAGAUGAGAAUUUUGGAUCAGAGUCCAGUUGGACCGUGAGCGUACUCACAGAAUUUGCAGAGAAAGGAUCGUUGGGAGAAUUUUUAAACAUUGCUGGUUCUAUCGGCCCUGAAAAGGCACGAUCAUGGAUCAUCGACCUACUUGAAGCACUCAGAUAUCUUCAUGAAAAAGGUAUAGUACAUGAGGAUAUACAUCCGGAGAAUAUUUUGCUUGUGAGAUCUUUAAAUGGUGACGUUAUACCAAAGCUUGCGGACGCCAGAUAUCAGAGGAAGCUAAAAACCCUGUGUGGAAGCAACCGUGUUUCUGGGACUGUAUCGUUGAUAAAAUCGGCAUAUUGGAUUCCACCUGAGAUAUCGAACGUAGAAUUUCCCAGUUAUACCCAGAAAACCGACAUAUGGGAUUUUGGGAUCUUAUUUCUUCAGAUGAUUCUUGGUUUAAAUGUUAUGCAACAGUAUUCCUCGCCUGUGGCUCUUAUCAAUUCACUGGCACUAUCGGCAUCUCUGACCGAACUUUUGCUCAGAAUAUUCAAUUCGGAAUCUAAAAAGCGCCCUCGUGCUGUUGAAAUGAGUGCAUCAGAGUUCUUAGCUACGAAUGCCCCAAUCCUAGACGAUGAAUCUCCCCGACUCAACCUUCGUCUCGACACAACACAAUCAUUUCCUAAAAAUAGUUCAAGGAUAGUAAGAGACGAUUUUUUUGGUGGGACUCAGGUGCAUAGGUCAAGGUAUGCAGAAGACUUUGUUGAGGAAGGCGUUUUGGGUAGGGGAGGCUUUGGUCAAGUCGUCAAAGCAAGGAAAAGACUUGACGGUCAGAUUUAUGCUAUUAAAAAAAUAGCUCAGAAAUCUUCAGCUUCUCUUAGUCAGGUUUUAAAAGAAGUUCGUCUUCUAUCUCAGCUAAGUCACCCAUCAGUUAUUAGGUAUUAUAAUACUUGGGUUGAGGAGGUUCCCUACAACCUUGAAGACGAUGAGGAUCAUACCCAUUCAGAGCUCGAUAACUUUGAGGAAUAUAAUAAUGAAUUAUCGGCUUUAACGGGCCCUGAUCCUAAUUUUCACAGCGGCACUUUUGGUCUUGAUUUCAUUUCCUCGAGUCGAUAUUCGGAGAUAGAAUUUGGUAAUGAUGAUACUUCCGAUGGUGAUGAUGAAGAAGAAUCCACAGUGUCAUCAGACUCUAAGCUAGACUUAGGAAGGUCUCAGCCUCAUCUGGAUUUUACCAGGAGUAGACUUAACAUGCGGCUACAUCGAUCAAAGAAGUUCGUCCUUUUUAUAUCCAUGGAGCACUGCGAGAAACAGACUCUAAGGGAUUUAAUCAAACGUGGGCUACACAAAAAUGAAGAUGAAUUAUGGCGCUUAUUUCGUCAAAUUCUUGAAGGCCUUAUUCAUAUUCAUAGCCUGAACAUAGUACAUCGAGACCUAAAGCCCGAAAAUAUUUUUAUUGACGCAGCAUCGAAUGUCAAAAUUGGAGAUUUCGGACUUGCAACGACUGGUUACUUUAGUACCCCGGAGAAGGCGACUGAAUAUUUACCACAAAACUCUGAUAUGACCCUAAAUAUAGGUACCGCGUUCUAUGUUGCCCCUGAACUGAAGUCAUGUACUCAAGCUGCUUACACCAGCAAAGUUGAUAUGUACUCCUUAGGCAUAAUUUUUUUUGAGAUGUGCUUUAGACCUCUUAUUCCUGGGAUGGAUCGGGCAACUAUUGGCGAAGGUUUACGAAAGGAGCGACCCGAGUUUCCCAGUGAAUUCAAGGUCUCUGAAAUGUCAACACAGUCUAAUAUCAUCACUUCGCUGUUAAGUCACAGCUCUGAAAGCCGCCCUUCAAGUUUAGAGCUUCUCAGAAGUGGUAAAAUUCCACUGCAGAUGGAAAAUGAGAUAAUUCAGCAGACACUUAUCAAUUUGAGUGAUGCGAAGUCACCACAUUAUCAAAGAAUGAUGAAGACUCUGUUCUCGUUAUCAAAUGAUCGGGCUAAAGAUUAUGCGUGGGAAAUGGAAGAUAUGAAUCAUAUACCACGUGAUAUGCUACUACUCCGGGGCUUUAUUAAGCAGAAGCUUGUGGAAAUUUUCCGUCGACAUGGAGCUGUUGAAACAACUCGAAAUGUUUUGUUUCCCAGGUCAAGUUAUUAUGGACCGAAUGCAGUGCAACUUCUAGACGAUAAAGGCAUAAUCCUACAGCUUCCAUUCGACUUAACACUACCCCACGCAAGAGAUAUUGCAAAGCAUCAAAAAGUCAUAGAACGCUCAUUUGCCUUUGGUCAAGUUUUCCGGGACCAAGGUACUGGUGGCAAGCCUCAGGCUUUUGGCGAAGUUGAUUUCGAUAUUGUGACUACAGAGGCGUUAGAUCUAGCCCUUAAAGAAGCAGAGGUAAUUAAGGUCCUUGAUGAGAUUAUCAGGAGUUUUCCAUCCCUUGCUUCAAGCCAGAUGUGCUUUCAUAUUAACCAUUCAGACUUGCUUGGUCAUAUUUUCGAGUUUUGUAGAAUAGAACCAAGUAUAUACCACGCUGUCGCGAAUACGCUCAGUAAACUUAACAUCCAGUCGUGGACAUGGCAAAAAAUUCAGACGGAGCUCCGCUCACCUCUGGUUGGGGUAUCAGCUCCAAGUCUUGUUGACUUGAAACAAUUUGACUUCAGAGACACACCGGAUAAAGCAUUUCAUAGGCUCAAGAUUCUCUUCGAUGGAACAAAUAUAUAUGAAAAAGCUUCACCAGCAAUCGCUCACCUAAAAGAAGUAAUCAACUACACCAAAUAUUUCGAGAUAAAAAAUAAAAUUUAUGUGACACCUUUGGGAAGUCUUAACGAAAAAUUCUACAAGGGUGGUAUUUUAUUUUCAUGUCUCUUUGAUCGAAAGGUAAAGGAUGUAUUUGGGGCUGGCGGGCGCUAUGACUCUCUUAUUUAUGAUCAUUGUCAUAAUACUAGUCGACACUAUAUUAAUAAACAUGCAGUCGGCUUCAAUCUAGCCUGGGAAAAAAUAGCCCCACAAUCUAAAACUAGCACAAAGUGGCGCUUAGGAAAGACUGGAGAGGGCAAUUUAGACUUAUGGGGCAUUAAACGAUGCGAUGUACUUGUAGCCUCACAUGAUGCCACUGUGUUGCGAACAGUCGGAAUCGGCCUCCUUCAAAAUCUUUGGUCAAAUUCAAUAUCGGCUGAGCUAGCACGAGACUCCCGCUCUCCUGAAGACCUCCUUUCGAAAUAUCGAGAUGAUAAUCAUUCUUGGAUAGUAAUUAUUAAGCAGGACUCCGUAUUAAAAGUAAAAUCGAUGGAUCGGAAGGAUGCCACUGAUGUCGAUAUUCUACCAGCUCAGCUUCUGUCAUUCCUUAAAGGUGAAAUAAGAGAGAGAGAUCGAAAAAAUGGCGCAAAUCAAAGAGAAAUGCUACAGCAGAACUGUGGCACAGGUAUAGAAGAAAGAGAGCAAGACGUGCGAGUUUUAAUUUCCGGGACUAAGUCUAAGAAAGUUAAUCGCAGAAAUAUUAUUGAACAGGCACAGGCUUCUGCUACAUCUCUUACUAAAGACAUUCUUGAAGGCUCAAUUGCAGCGAUUGAAACAACAGAUCAGAUUAUGGAACUUAUUAAAGCCACAAAGUUAAGUGAGCCUGAGACAUGGCGGACAAUGUUGCACACGGUUCCUACAGUAGAUAGAAAAUAUCAUGGGGAAGUACAUGAUAUGUUACUUAAAAUUAAAGACCAAAAUAUCGGAGAUUCAAGUAAUGCCUUUGUCUACAACUUUAGGACUGGUAAAUGUAUAUAUUAUGACUUAUCCGCAUGA